GGCAUAUUAAGUGAGUCCAUACGAAUCAUAUCUUGGUGAAAGUUGCACUAAAAUCUGUCAGUCGAUGUUUGAAUGUUCAUGCCAUUUCAUAAUCACUUACAGUACAGUGAAUUAAGCAAAUAAACGCAUUGUAGGUUUCUGAUUUUAGGUCAGAACAGUAUUAGGUCAAUGCUGAAACUCGUGGCACGUUUCUUUCUAAUGUAUUCACUGGAACGUAUAUAACUCGGUCAACCAAUGAGAGCCCAGCUGUCGGCACUAAUCCCCGCCCCCUGUCAGUUCCUCAUUAAUAUUAAUGAGCUGAGGUCCAGUUCGCCAAUUAGCGCGAAGCAGGGCGGACAUGUUUGAAUGGGAGGUGCGGUUUGCUCUCGGAACCAAAACCUCCUGACUACCGAAUUUACCGACGAAGUGGACCGACGAGGAGAGCUGUUUCGGAUGCUCUGACGGUAGAAGUUAACCUCUAGUGCUUUAUUUGCGGAUUUACGGCGGAGAACCCUGGUGGAGAGCUAACGAGCUAACAAGCUUCUUUUGUAGUUACUGCGCGGUGACAACAACAAGAGGUUGAAAAAAAUGUCGGGAGAGCCUGUUCUCAUCACGCUGGAAACGGCCUCCGGGGCUCCCAGCACAUUCCCGGUGGUUUUGAAGAAAAUAAUGGAAAUGCCUCCGCCGAACAUACUGGAUGGCGACGACGACACCGACAAGGAGAAGCUGUGUCUGGGAGAUAGUGUGGACCUGGGUGUAGGAGGCAGUGACAUGGGUCCUUCAGCCGCCCUGACUCCUGCUAUUUGGGACAAGACCAUUCCCUAUGAUGGCGAGACCUUCCACCUGGAGUACAUGGACCUGGAGGAGUUCCUCAUGGAGAACGGCAUCCCCACGUCACCUGACGAGGACUCCUUAAAGAGCAGCCCAGAGGGAGAUGUAGUGAAGACCGAGAAAUCAAAGGCUACUCCCUCUGCUCUGACCAAGGUUACCAAGGCAGCAAGGGUGUCUCCGGUGGCCCUGCUGCCUAUUCAGGAGUUGGACAAGUGUGAGGGGGAGGUGUUGAUCAUCACCAAGAGCGACUCUGAUAUCACCUGUGAUGUUACUGCAGAGGUGAUCACUGAAAGCGACAGAGCGACCCCAGAGCCCAUCACCCCCGAGGAAAUCGAAGUCGAUAUCAACUAUGACCCCGAUCCUACAGACCUGGUCCUGUCAAGUGUGCCUGGAGGUGAACUGUUCGACCCACGCAAACACAAGUUCAGCGAGGAGGAGCUCAAGCCGCAGCCUAUGAUUAAAAAGGCCAAGAAGGUGUUUGUGCCUGAGGAACAGAAGGAUGAGAAAUACUGGCAGAGGAGGAAGAAGAACAACGUGGCUGCCAAACGCUCGCGCGACGCCCGCAGAUUAAAGGAGAACCAGAUUACCGUCCGAGCGGCUUUCCUGGAGCGCGAGAACGAGGCGCUGCGGUCUGAGGUGGCUGAGCUUCGGAAGGAGUGCGGCCGGUUCAAGAACGUUGUGGGUCGCUAUGAAGCCAAAUUUGGAACGCUGUAAGGGACCUAAAAAAAACAAACCCAAUUUAUCAAAGUGUAAAUGGACAUCCACAUGGCAGACAACACAAAAUCUGUUAUUUGUCUUCACAAGUCAGACAUUAUUCAGCCCUGAUUGUUAGAUGUGUUGGCAGAUACCACAACUACUGUACUGCUGAAAAGACGCUACCUGGGUGUUGUGUUGGGGUCGAGUUAGACAGAGGAGGAGGGAGGGUAAUAACCUUACAAGACCCAUACAGUGUGUGAUCUGAUAAAUGCGACCAGAUAUGGGUGAGACACUGGCUCUAGUGAACACAUAUUUCUAUACGGAAUGACAAUAUAAUUAUUGGCUUCCCGACUUCCUCAGAAUAGCAUGUAUAGAGUUACAGUUACAUAAUAGAGUCUCUGAAUUAAAAAGUGACAUGUGAGUGGAUAAGAUGUGGGUUGACUGCGUGUUGGGUAACAUAGCGCCAUGCCCUCUUGUUCCUGUAUGAAAGAACAUGAAAGAGUGAGGCAGAGGGAAAUGAAAGGACAGUUUAAGCUGCAGAAUAUGGAUUAUACAUAUACAACAGACCUCCAUGUUGAAUAAUCUACUUUACAGUAAUAGAAUUUCCUGAUUGAUUUCACCAAACCAGCCUUCAGAGUUGUUGCUUUAGCUGAGGUCUUGUACGUAGUGUUGGCCUGCUUUAAUAUUGGCGUCUCGCCCUUCCUCCUCUACUGUCAUUCAUCCUUGUUCUCUUCUCUUUCAAGUGCGGUGCCAGAUGACCUAUAGGCGGCAAUUGAUUUAUUCAUUUAUGUUUUCCAAUGAAUAAAUAAAUCAAUACAUGAAUAAAUGGUAAAUGGGAGCGCUAGAAUCGAUCAGAUGAAGAAGAGGAUGAAGAGGCGGAGAGCAUGUGUGAGGGCGGGACUGGCGUUGCCAUGGAGAUGUGAUGGCAUGUUAAGAUAUCAAUAUCUGGCUUUUCUUUUUCUUUCUUUUUUUUUAUCGUUAAGUGUAUUUACCAUCUAUGUGAGCGAGAAGAGUGUGAGAGGAUAUUCAAGUGCUUCUUCAGUGCACCUCGUUUAUGACGUGCACUUUUAUCAUGUUUUGUACAGCUGUGGCCGAAAGACAUCAUCUGUGAUGUAAAUUUUGGAGAAACUCUGGGUUUUAUUUUACGUUUUUAAACUAAAUAGUCGAUAUUUAGGUAGCAAGAUGCACUAGUUUAGACUAGAUGAGUCACUACUACGGUUUGCAGGUAUCUUCCAGUUGUUUUCAGUACUUAAAUGAAUUCUGAAAACCACUUGUCCAAUUUAUUUUUCAAAUAUCUAUGAUUAUGUGGCAGAUUUUUGUGAAGAGCGGGGCUUUUCUUUGCCCACAAAAACUUUUGACUGUGACAUUUCCAAUAACAUAAAGCAAGACACUACAGGUGAAUAGAGUAAAUGUGGAACUAAUUGAUAUCACCAUGGAACAUCCCCGUUUGAUGAUUUCAGUGAAGAUAGUAGCUUUUUGUUUUUCUGAGAGGGAAUUUUGGGUAUUUUUAUUUUUGUUUAGCACUUAAUUAAUCAGAAAAUACCGUCAACAGCCAGAAAAAAAAUAAACUUUGACAUGUUUUUGGGACUACUCUGUUCUAUAAAUCAGGCUGUGACUGAUGUAUCAGCAAAUCCCCUCUAGAAAAACAUAGGUGGACCUAAAAACUGGAAAGUUUGUUGUAUGUAAGCGCCACCAAAGUUAAGACUUCUGCCUUAGAGUUUGUCAUUGGGAAAAGCAGGCUCGUAAAAUUUAAACCAACAGACAACAACUUCCCCAUUUGAUUACUUUCAUUAAGACAACUUUUCUUUUUUACAAGUUCCCUGAAAUGUUUUGUGUAAGUAUGCAAAUGAGAUAUUAUCUCAUAAAAUUAUGCUAAUUUGCGUCCAAUAGACAAAAUCAUUAAAUACCCAAAUGGGUAUUUUUGACAUUUUCUUUGCACUAUUCUGAAAGAAGACCUGCUAUGGAAGCAAACUAUCCCAAAAAUCUCCAAAUUGACCAGUGCGUGAAAAAUUCAGUUUUUGCCUGUAGUGUCUUGUCUUUAGCUUCUUCAGGGGAUUUCAGUGACGUGGCAAAAAAAAAAAAAAAAAAAUGUAGCCAUGUUCUCUUCAUGUACAAGCAUUCAUUACCAGCGGCGCAGGGCUGUAUGUAGACGCUCUGUUCUCCCUGUCUGAAUGUACGUCUUUCUGUCGCUCUGGUGCCGUGUUUGUCAGCAAGUCAGACGCCUGCUUUGCUCUCUGCAGGUCUGCGGUGUCGGCUUGUUCAUUUAUGUCAGUAGCGCUUCUGAAGUGUCUUGUGUAGAAUCCACUGAUGCAUGUUCUGUAAAUAACUGUAGGCGAAGAUAAUGCUUUGUGGACAUUUUUGUUUUUUAGAAAAUCAUUUAAAAAUGUAUUCAGUAUCAUAGGACAUUAAAAUCCAGAUACAAAUCUUGGUUAAGUUUUUCAAUAACCUUUCAUUUAGCUUCGGGAAAUAAUCGAGCAAUGCAACUGUAGAUUCCCUGAAAGCUGAGCUUGCCUCUCUGUGAGGAGCUAACACUCCAUCGUCUUCAUGUUUGUCUGUCAUACUUGUUGAUUCUCUCUCUGAUAAAUAAGCUGACUAUCUGUUGCUAACAGACAUUUUUUUAGAAACCUGGAAGUCUCAAUAAUACAGACUGUAUUGAGGCAUCUCGUUCAUAGAUAAGAAACCUUUAAAUCUGUAAGUGUCUUCUACGUCUAAAGCCAUUUCAAAGCAGUCUGCCAGUUUACAGGGGAUAUAUAUCAUGUAACAUUACAUCCAAAAAUCACAGUUGGGGCUCAACUGUCCAGUUCUGACGAUAAGGGAAAGCCAUUUUUCUUUUACUGCUGUGCUUCCACUCACAAUAACUUUUUACUUUUCAAAACAAAUGUGAUGUUGUGAAGCAGGUUCCAUGUGUGCCGAAUGUUACACAAGGAGGAAAAUAAUGAGCACAGUCACAUGAAGUAAAACUAUAAGUCAGGAUUUUGUGGAAGUAUUUCAGGCUUCUUAAACUCCACUAACUCUUUAAUUUCACCUUAAUAAUUUUAAGUGACGUUAUCCAUAAUAAGGUGUCUUGAAGUGUCAUUUAUGAAUUUUAUUUUUCGGGAUAAUUCUGGUAAACUUUUAAUUAAAAUAAAAAGUCUGUUCUAACGAAGGCUGCAUCUGCCUUCUCUCUGAAACAGGUCAACUUGUUAUCUUCUGAGGGUUGUUUUUAUUCUUCCUGGUUACGUCUUUGUAUUUCUUUGUAAGGAAACAUGUUGGCAUUUGAUUGUGGCCAUCUUUUGUGUCUUUGUAUAUAGAGUAUGUAUAAUUAAAGCCUUGCUGACAGAAGUC